AUGACAGCCGAUGAACUUGAUGCUUUCUUGAAAACUGAAGGAUCCCAAACUACGGGUUUCACCCAAGAAGGUAGUUCGGAAAGCAUCGGUCACGAAUCUGGUCGAAAGAUUGUAGACAUACUUCGUCGUAAUCCUUCCAAGUCGGAAGAUAAAUACACCGAAGAAGAUAUCGAACAUAUGAGAAAAGUAGUCAGUUAUUGUAAACGUCAUUUGGCACAGGAAGGAAAGAUGAAAGAGACUAAAAGUCCUGAAGAAUUAGAAAAGACGAAAAGUACGAGGAGUUUGAAGAACUGGGGUCACGAUCCUCUCAAAACUACCUCUUCCAAAUCGACUAAACCGACUUCCAAGAAAACGGAGCAGUCUACCAAAUCGACAUCGGAGAAAGAUAAACCGACAUCAAAGAAAAGUACCAAACCUACUGAAACAGAACCGAAAACCAAGAAAGAGGACAAACCGACAUCGAAGAAAGUGGACAAACCAACUUCCAAAAAGGUUGAAAAGACCUCUGAAGGUAAAGAAAAUCAUUCCAAGGCAAAAGAAACAGCAAAUGGGACAAAAUCGGAUAGAACGGAAGAUCCUAAGUCGAAGAAACCGGCCAGUAAGAAGAAGACUGGUGAUGCUGAGGUAGGAGACAAACGUCCAGCGGAUCAGGAGAAAAUUAAGGAUAAACCUGCUUCCAAAAAGACCAAGUGA